AUGGCGGUCCUCUACUUCUUGUGUAGUGUGCUCGUAGGAAAGAAGAAGCCAGGGAAUCCAGCACCAUCCGUAGAGCCAUUCUUUCUUAGGGCUAUUGAUGAUUUGGAAAUAUGUACAACGUUCCCUUGGGGUCGUUUGACUUUUGAUAAGAACAUGAAGGACAUCUUUCAUUGUAUAAAGCACUUUGGUGGAGUUUUGAGCACAAACCAAUGGGUCUUUCCUAGUUUCGUCAUUCCGUUGGAGGUUCUUGCUUUUGAGGCAAUUCCUGUUCUUAAGGAAAAUUUCCGAGAAGGUGUUAGUAAUGCACAUGCACACCGUCAUCGUCCUCGGAUGUGCAAGAUGAAAUUUAAAGCAAGUAAAAUGAAAAGGUUUUCAUUGAAGGAAAUUUGUGACAAACUUGGUACAACUAAGGAUACUGAGAGUAUCUUGACUCCAUCAUCACGUGAGAAACGUCUUUUAGGUCGUAUCAUGGAUGAAGAGAGUCGCUAUAAUGAUGUAGAUGAUCCCGUUGUUUAUAGUUGGACCAAGUGUUUAAUUGAUGAAGAGAAGACAAUAUGGUUUGAAGAGCUUUACAACCAAGAUUUGGCCACCCGGGAGACAAAUCUGGAUAACAGAGUUAAAUUUGUGGAAUCCUAUGUGAAAUGGGCCUCAGGUGAAAAUCAAUAUUAUACGAAUGAAGGUGUUGGAGAUAUGAAUGGAGGUGGCAAUGGAGAUACGAAUGAAGGUGACAAGGAGCAAGCUGAGAUGGAGCAGACUAAGAAAGAUAAGUUUGAGAGGGAGCAGGCUGAGAGGGAGCAGGCUGAGAGGGAGCAGGCUGAGAAGGAGCAGGCCGAGAAGGAGCAGUCUGAGAGGGCUAAGACCGAAAAGAAUGAGAGGGCUAAGGCCGAGAAGGCUGAGAGGGCUGAGUGGGCUAAGACCGAGAAGGUUGAGAGGGCUGAGAGGGCUAAGACCGAGAAGGCUGAGAGGGCAAAGGCCGAGAAGGCUGAGAGGCCUAAGGCCGAGAAGGCUAGGGCCGAGAAGGAUAAGGCUGAGAGGGCUAAGGCCGAUAAGGCUGAGAGGGCUAAGGCCGAGAAGGAUAAGGCUGACAAGGAGCAAGCUGAUAAGGCUGAGAGGGCUAAGGCUGACGAGGAGCAUGCUGAGAAGGAACAAACUGAGAAGGAAAAGGCUGAGAAAUCCGAGACCAAGAAGGAGAAGGUUGAUGAAGAGAAAACACAACUUGGUACAACUAAUGAAGAGACAGAACAACUUGGUACAAUUGAAGAAGAGAAAGAACAACUUGGGACAACUGAAGAAGGCCGAGAGGAAGAUGUUGAGAUGGAACAUGGCGAGAAAGAACAAGCUAAGGAGAAAGGAGAAAAGAGGGAAAGAGAAGAAGUUCUUAAUGCUCACCAAGGUAAAAGGGUGAAGAUCAUAAGCAAGAAGAAAGGAUCGACUGUGGUAAUAAGGAUUCCCGAUGCUCCAGAUUCGCAGCUCAUUCUCAAAAAUCGCAAACCCAAAAUAAAAAGACGAAAUCGCAAACCAACCUAG